CGCGUCAUUGUGGACCAAUCUGUGCGCGCGGCGGUGACAUAAUGGAAAUGUUAGACCCAAAUCUCUCAGAAUCUAUCCCGGACUGAGACCGAGAGAGAACCUGCGCCCGGAGGACCAGAGCAGGACACCAGCGCAGCUCCACACACAGCUCCGCACACAGCUCCACACACAGCUCCACACACAUCUCCACACACAGCUCCACACACAGCUCCACACACAGCUCAGAUGCCCGCCUGGUGCUGGAUGUGACACGGACAUGGAGCCCUUGUUCCCGGGUGUGUCUCAGCGGCUCUCGGUGGUAAAGAAGGACAUUCCCGGAGCUUUGGAGCAGGAACAGACACAGCUCAAGCCCGGCUCUGACUCCACGGAGCUCGGCUUGAUGAAGUUGGCUACUCCAGACAUUGAGCGGCUGCUGCUGCAGUCCAACGCGGCCUUCCUGUGCCCCAAACCCGCAGAGGCAGAGCAGGAGUUCGCGGAGGGCUUUGUAAAGGCUCUGGAGGACCUCCACAAACAGAACCAGCUCGAGUCUGUGCACGCGGACAGACUGGAGCUGAUGCACGCGGACCUGCCCGUGUACACUACGCUCAAUGGAUACGGGCACGCGCUCAGCUAUCCCACGGACACCGCACAGUUCCCCCAGCCCUCUGUAAACCCGCAGCCUGCUCUGCGCCUAAAGGACGAGCCGCAGACAGUGCCAGACGCACAGAGCUUUGGAGACAGUCCACCGUUGUCGCCCAUUGACAUGGACAACCAGGAGCGCAUCAAGGCAGAGCGCAAGAAGCUGCGCAACCGCAUCGCCGCCUCCAAGUGCCGCAAACGUAAACUGGAGCGUAUCUCUCGGCUCGAGGACAAAGUAAAGACACUAAAGACACAAAACACUGAGCUGGCAUCCACCGCGAGCGUCCUGCGCGAGCAGGUGGCACAGCUCAAACAGAAGGUCAUGAGUCACGUGAGCAGUGGGUGCCAACUGCUGCCCAAUCAGGUGCAGGCUUAUUAGUGCCAUUACCUCUUCUCCAGGACACUAGUGUGAGGGCAGAUGGACUGAUGGAGUGGAGCAGGGGCUGAGUCCCUGAAUGUGCCCUGUUUGGCUGAGAAAACAUUCUUGCUUGUAGCACAUGUCUUUAGGGCGGGCAGCAGAAUGUUCAGAUCAGUGUUGAACAGGACUCCUCCUCAUGGACAAUAAGACUCCAAUGUCCUGGGACGUGUGAUGGACUCUGUGUCUCAUUUGGACAAAUAGUGUUUGACCUUUGUCUCAUCAAACCAAAGUUUAUCACUGUGGAAUAUCGCCUAAGCUUCUCGUCACCAAAGUCCUGGAUCAGGACCUGAAACACUGACACACGGUCCUCUAAACGCCGUCAGUGGAACUUUAAAGCCAUAAGAGUCUCCAUAGAGACAGAGGGCUGCUGUGGAAACUCAAACCAAAAGUGCAACCAAAGCCACUGUGCCAAGUGUAUGACUCGACUGUUUACAAGCACUUACUUACUAAUAUAAAAGUAUAUAUUACAAUGUUCUAUUUGAUAUAUUUUAUUGACCCUGCCCUUUUUGCAUGUUUCAUAUCUUUUGUAUAUAACUCUGCUUAUCUACAUGUUUGUUAUUGUUUAUUAAAUUAUCACUAAAGCUGUU